ACUGUGACUGAUUCUGUAAAGUUGCUACUGUGAUAUCUGUGACUUUUCAGUCACUGUGAUUUCUAACAGAUACGCGAUUUCCUGCCCACCACUAGUAGCCAUGAUGGCCGCGGUAAUGUAACGGAGGAGUUUGGUUGCAGUGACAAGUUGUGGUACCUAUUUUCAGUUUAUUGUUGAGUGGAAAGAUUUAUUUAAUUGGGACCAUUUGUCAAAACAGUUUCAGCUUAGAAUGGCUCUACCACCCAAUUAUAAACAAAUUGCUGUUGUCUCUCCAGUCCAGUCUUCAGGGUCACAUUUGCUGUCAGCUGGACCUCCUAUGAAUUUAAACAUUUUGAGAGAGCGGCUGAGACCAACUAGUGCUUCAAAUUCUUCAUCUAGUUCUGGGAAAGAUGCAUCUGCGAAUCAGAGUCCAUUCAUCACAACACCUCAUGGACAUCCAGGAUUUAACCCACAGAAAGUUGGAAAAGGAGCUGGUGGUGAUACAAGAGUACCAAAGCCACCUAAACCUCCAGAGAAGCCAUUGAUGCCAUAUAUGAGGUACAGUCGAAAAGUAUGGGAUCAGGUAAAAGCUCAGAACCCUGAGCUGAAACUAUGGGAGAUCGGAAAAAUUAUUGGUCAGAUGUGGCGAGACCUUCCAGAAGAGGAAAAAACUGAAUUUGUUGAAGAAUAUGAGGCUGAGAAGUUAGAGUAUGAGAAAAAUUUGAAAGUGUAUCACAAUUCCCCGGCUUAUGUGGCGUACAUAGCAGCCAAGAAUCGUGGUAAGUCCGCCCAGCAAGCAGCAGAAGAAAGAGAAACACAUGAACGAACGCCAGGCGGGCAGGCAAAACAAACUGCCGCUGACAGGCGCAUUGAUAUUCAACCAGCAGAAGAUGAAGAAGAUCAAGAUGAUGGGUACUCAGUCAAACAUGUAGCAUAUGCACGCUACCUUAGGAAUCAUCGCUUAAUAAAUGAAAUUUUUUCUGAUGCUGUUGUACCUGAUGUACGCUCUGUUGUCACUACAGCUCGCAUGCAAGUCCUAAAACGACAGGUUCAGUCCUUAACAAUGCACCAGAAAAAAUUAGAGGCAGAACUUCAACAAAUUGAAGAGAAGUUUGAAGCUAAGAAGAAGAAGUUUAUUGAAAGCAGUGAGGCUUUUCAAGAGGAACUUAAGAAGCAUUGUGUGCGUGCUGUGGAUGAUGAAACCUUCCAACGUAUGGUGGAACGUCAGUAUGAACAGCUUCGCAAGGAACGCAUGAAGACGGAAGAGGCACCUCCAACUGCUGAAAACACAACAGAAGAUUCUCAGCCUAAACCUGAGCCAAUGGAUGUGCAGCCAAGCAAUGAACCUGAACAACAGCAGCAAACAACACAGCCGCCACAACAACCACCACCACCACCACCGCCGCCGCCACAGCAGCAGCAGCAGCAGCAACAACAACAACAACAACCACCACCAUUGCCACAGCAGCAGCAAACGUUGCCACAACAACAGCUGCAACAGCCGCAGCUGCCACCACAACCCCAGCAGCAGCAGCAACCUCAGGCACAACAACAACAACAUCCACCACUGCAAUUACAAUCUCAGUUGCAACAGCAGAUGCAGCAUCCUCAACAGCAACACAUUCUUCAACAGCAGCAACAGUUGCAGCAGCAACAGCAGCCAGCACCGCAACAAACUGAACCUGGUCCUAUGGCACCAACAAAGUUGCCCUCUGAAAUUACUCAAUCCCCAGCACUUCCCUCUGUACCACCCCCACCUCGUAAAGUAUCGACACCACCAACAGUAGGUUUACCACCGGCAAUUGCAGCCCAGCAGCAUACACCCCACAUGCCUGCCAGUCAUCCAGCAGGUCAGCCAGGGCUGCCUCCCCCUCAUCAACAACCUGGAGGACCACCUGGACCACCAUAUCAAGGUUAUCCACCACCACCACCACCAGCAGGACCAGCUGGUAAUCCAAAUGCACCACAGACAGUGCCAGUACCACCUCGCCCACCACACACUCACACUGGUUAUCCCCCAUACCCUCAGCAGCAACCUGCUUAUCAGCCAUACACACAGUAUCCUCCACAUCCUCAUACAUAUUAUCCUCCUUAUCAAUACCAUAUACCUCCGAGACACUAUCAUCCUCAACAGCAUCCAGAUGUGGCAUCACACCAGGGUGUUGAUCCAAGUGUUAGUUAUUCACCAAUGGCUGAGGUUGACCGGCCUCCCAUGGAUGAUGCUAAUAUCGAUCGUGGAGCAUCAGUGGAGCAGUCUGCUGAUGAUACUGUUGUAAUGAAAGGAAUGCCAAGUGACAUUGACCAUGCUUCUGAUAAGAAUAAAGAUGGAGACUGAGCUAGGAAGGCUGUUGUAUUAACAACAAUUCACAGAUUUCAAAAUGAGUAUCAAUGUAUUAAAUAAAGGUUUGCUGCUUUAACACAAGGACAGUUCUGUGUGUUUUAUCUACAUAAAUCUAUUUGUUACUGAGAUCUGAUGUAUGAAUGAUAAUUAACUAUAAGAGUAGUCAUUUAGUUAUCAUAUUCUCACAUGAGAGAAGAGAGAUGGACAUUUUUGUGAGAUUUGUUGUGUGUGUAUCUUGUAGUUGUAAUACAAAAGCAAAUAAUAUUGAUGUAUUAUACAUGAACUUAAGGGCUACACUAUGUCAGCUCAUACAAAUAAAAUAGAACAAGGAAAAUAAAUGUAUCUCAACAAAUUCCAUCUUGAUAAAGUUCUGUGCAU